AAGAUCUUUUAUAUGCUGGUUUGGGUUAUACAUCAUCUCUAACUGCACGUUAUAGAUCAGAAUUAUAUCUUAUUGUGCAACAAAUUUGUGAUCAAUGUAUUUUGUGGGUUUUUAAAGACAAAUAUGAAAUAGGUCACUAUGUUGAAGAAACACCAGCUAUU